CCGGGCUUUCUGAAAUAUAACUUGUAGUACUACUUGUUCGCCUCCAGCUUUACCUGUCGUGCUGUGUUUGAUAACAGUAAUAAUGAUGACAGUACAAGCAGGAGCCACAAGACACGAUCUUCCUCUUGUGCAGGUGAGACGAGUCGAUCUCACGGCCCGGCGCGGCGGCGAGUCGGUCCGAGGGGCUGGCGGGGCCUGGUGGCGGGGCCUCAAUAGAGUAGGGGGAUCAGUCAGUACCUUGGGGGUCGUAGGUCAAAGUAUCAGUGAGUUAUUUCAUCUUAAAAGUCGGCUCACCGUGAGGGGGCGGGGCCUUUGGCCGAGCUCCGCCUAGCCAAGUGGGCCGGCCCCCGCCCCCUGAAAUCCCCGGGCUCAGUGUUCUCGCGGGCGUCGGACGUAAGGGUAGUGUGCUCCGCUCCUCCCAGCCCAUCCCAGUGGCCGGGCCAGCCGGGAAGACUGUUGUUCCCUCAGGCUCGCGUGGCUGCACGGAGUUUGAUGUUUUGAGUGGCGUACAGUGGUGUGCAGGAUCCGGAGUGGUGCGAAGUCCCCUUUAUCUAUUUGUGUUGUGAUUAAAGAAUGCGUAACAGAUUACGAUCGUGCAAGUUCUUAAUGUGAUUGUGUCAGUUUAGUUGAUUGAUCUCUAGUGUUCAGCGCGGGCUUGACCUUGUGAUCCAGUGACGAUGUCGGUGUACAGGCGUGUGGCUGUGGCGGCGGCCCUGCUGCUGCUGCUGGGGCGCGGGAGCCAGGCCUCCGGGGGCGGCUACCUCAAGAUGUUCGAGGCGCAGUACAACCCGCCGGACCCGUGCUACGACGAGUCCGGCAGCCUGCCCAAGAAGUGCGUCCCGGAUUUCAUCAACGCGGCGUUCGGGCGGCCGAUGGAGUCGUCGAGCACGUGCGGGACGCCCCCGUCGCGCUACUGCAUCACUACGCAGGAGAAGGGCGAGGUGAAGCGGAAGUGUGAGGUGUGUGACGCCAGCGACCCGACGCUCUCCCACCCGCCCCACUACCUCACCGACCUCAACAACCCCAACAACCUCACCUGCUGGCACUCCGCCCCCGUCGACCCCCUCCAGCCCAACAACGUGACGCUCACACUCUCGCUGGGCAAAAAGUACGAGCUCACGUACGUCAGCCUCCAGUUCUGCGGCCAGAAACCCGACUCCCUCGCCAUCUAUAAAUCCAUGGACUACGGACGCACCUGGAUCCCCUUCCAGUUCUUCUCGUCCCAGUGCCGCAAAGUGUACGGCCGCCGCAGCCGCAUGGUGAUCGGCAAGGCCAACGAGCAGGAAGCCCUGUGCACCGACGCCCACCUCAGCCUCAACGACCCCGUCACCAUCCCGGGCUCGCCCAGGAUCGCCUUCAGCACGCUGGAGGGCCGCCCGUCGGCAGGCGACUUCGACGCCUCGCCUGUGCUGCAGGACUGGGUGACGGCCACCGACAUCAAGGUGGUGCUGGACCGCCUGCACCCAGAACUGGACGAGUCUACCGCCGACAACGAGAGUGUGGCUCAGGAGAGCUUCACGUACGCCGUGGCUGACCUGGCAGUCGGGGGACGCUGCAAGUGUAACGGCCACGCCUCCCGCUGCAUCACCGACAAGACCACCAAGGAGCUGGUGUGCGACUGUGCCCACAACACCGCCGGCCGCGAGUGUGAGAAGUGUCGCCGCUUCCACUUCGACCGACCUUGGGGACGCGCCACGUCCCGAGAGGCCAACGAGUGCGUAGGUAAGUGUGCGAGGUGGCGUGGCGGGCCGCGCCGCGGUGCAUGUGAGUGCGUGGUGCUUGUGUUGGCGUGGCAGGAGGCUGCCGCUCCAUCCUCUGGCAACCCGGGCAUCUAAUUCCCUUUGCUAUGCGAAGUAUGAGGUUACCGACGCGACGCAUAUUGCAGCAAUAAAAUAUCCUUCAGCACGGCGGCUGACAAGCAAACAGCGGUGCGGGGAGGCGGGAGAGCGGGUGGGGGGAGCGGCGAGGCGGGGGUCUUGUGGUGUUUUAAGUUUCAUUCAUGAGCAGGUUGCGACACUCCCGUGGCCUCCCGCACGCCGCCUCCUCCUCUUCCCCCCUCCCUCUCUCUCCACACGCCUCGCCACGCUUUCUCCUCCUCUCACACUCUCACUCGCAGCAUUCGUGGCAAUAGCGAGGCACAGGCUGAGUGUUGGCAUGUGCCGCGGCCGCGUGUUGUCACCUGGCGAGGGAGAGGCGGCAAGGAGCAGCGGGCGGGCGAGGCGUCAAGAUUCCCGCGCGGCGACCUUGGGAUGUAUGAAUAAGCCGUCCUGUGUGUGUGUGUGUGUGUGUGUGUGGUUGAUAGAUAUACUACACGCUGCCCGGCCCUUGUGGCCUCUCGUGGCGCAAUGCAUCUCCUCCUCCUCCUCCUCCUCCUCGUCUUGAGUAGUGAGUCACGUUGUGUGCUUGCCUGCUUCGUGUCCGUCUCUCUCUCUCUCUCUCUCUCUCUCUCUCUCUCCGACAAACCCCUGUUAUGUUCCCCUCCCGACGCUCACUCUUCGCUGCAUUGGUCACCGCGGGAUCAAGAGAGGCUUGCGGUCACUGUGCCCCGCGAUGAAAGGCGGAAAUUAACUGUUUGGGUAAAAAAUACUUAGCGGCCAGACGACACACUGGCGGCGGCAAGUCACGGCGUCUCUCGUGGCUCGCUUUCUAUUGCCCAUUAUAGGAGUGAAGGACGCGGCGGGAGGAGGAGGAGGAGGAGGAGCUGGAGAAAGAGGAGAAGGAGGACCAAUAGGAUUACAUUUGAUUUAGGAAGAUUU